AAAGAAAAUGUUGAUUGCCAAGCUGAAGAAGAGUACGGUGAAGUGGAACGUUUAUUUCCAAAAUGGGUGACAUAUUUGGCAGCUGGCUUUAACAUCGUUAUCUAUGGAAUUGGUUCGAAACGAGGACUUCUUGAACAUUUUUGUAAAGAUGCAUUGCAGAAAUACACCUAUUUGAUUUUUGAUGGAUAUCAACCGGCAGUUAACUCACAUCUCAUCAUUCAAGUAAAUUUUUUCUUUUCAUUUUUUGCGUUUUUUGCAUCUGUGCAAUGCAGAAAAUACAUAUUGACGAAGGGCUCUAAGCUGCUAUCUCAGGAACCAGAAAAGCUAGAAAGUUGA